GUGAGAUCGUUUGCUUGUUACUAAAUGUGUCACACACUCGCUCAGAACACCCGGAGACAGCGCUCGCCCACCCCCCUCGCUUUACCGAUCGCUUCCUGAGCCGUGGUUAUUUGGCGGCAAACGUCUCAGCUCUUUCUUUUUGGCGGGAUCAUAUCUGUCACUAAAAAAAACGCGCGGGAUGUUAGGUCUUCGCGGGGACAUGUCACGCCGUGCAAAUGAGCUACGGCGGCGUCAAGUUUCCCACGCAACGGCGGACUGUAAUCUGUGUGUGUUUACCCAAUGGCGCACCGUGGAAAUGUCACGAGACUCGUGUUUGUGUGUCCACAGGAGAGACUAUGGAGCAACUGGAGGAGGAACUGACGUGCCCGAUCUGCUGCGGUCUCUUCGAGGACCCACGCGUGCUGCUGUGCUCGCACAGCUUCUGCAGGAAGUGCCUGGAGGGGCUCCUGGAGGGUCCCCGGGGGUUCAACAGAGCCCCGUUCAGGUGCCCGACGUGCCGCAAGGAGAGCCCGCACAACGGCGCCAACAGCCUGCAGGUCAACUACUCCCUGCGGGGCAUCGUGGAGAAAUACACCCGCAUCAAGGUGGCGCCCACGACGGGUGUGUGCGCCCAGCACAGCGGCCAGCCCCUCAACAUGUUCUGCACCCCAGAUCUGAGGCUCAUUUGCGGCUGUUGCGCAACCGCGGACGAGCACAAAGGGCACGACUUUUGCUCCUUGGCGGACGCGUACGACACGGAGAGGAGUGCGUUCGAGGAGCUGCUCCGAGGCGCGGAGGGCUGGCCCAGCGCCGGAGCCCUCGCCCGCUUGGAGACCCUCCAAGCCGCCAAGAAGAAGGCCCUCCAAGCGGUCAACGAAGACGCGGAGAGGGUCUCCGACUACUUCGAGCGGCUGAUCUCCGCGCUGGAGUGCAAGAAGAUGGAGAUCCUGUGCGACUUCGAGACGCAGCGGCUGGCCGUCAUGCAGGCGCACGACCCGGAGAUCACCCGCCUGAGAGACACGCUGGAGCGGCAGCGCGGCGCUCUCACCGCCGCCGAAGCCUUCCGGGGAGUGACGGAGCCGCUGGGCUUCCUCCAGCACAUGCGCGACUUCCGCCAAACGCUGGGAGCCUUGAAAGCCGAGGAAGACGUGAAGAGGACGCCGCCCAAUCAGAGAGUCGCCCGGCUGGUGCGUGACUUUGACGUGCGUGAGUGGGACGCGGUGAGGCUGCGUGACGUGGACAAGAUGACGGUGCCGCAGGAGGGGGGAGGCGGGAAGACGCCGGGGUCGCACCGGUUCGGGACCUGGCUGCUCCUGUUCCUGGCGGCGGGUGUUGCGCUGGUGCUGGCGGAGGUCCUCGGCCUGGAAGGAGUACUGGCCCAGCAGGUGGAGGCGGUGGCGGCUACAGCCAGCGAGCUCCUCCGGGAGGUGACCGGUGCUUCCACGCGCCUGGUGAGCGUGGGUCAGCAGUGCAUCGCCCACUGGAUAGACUCAGCUGUGACUUACAUUGGUAGCUGCACAUUAUUAUAAACAAGAUAUUCAAAACAAGGAUUUUUUUUGUUGCUUUUUUUGCACUGUUUUGUGGGACCAUCAGUGGAAUCAAACAAGGUUACAAUUAGUUUCCUAAACAUUUAUGUUCUUUUUUUUUCUACUAUUGCCAAAUAAAAGACGUGCACGCUUGUUUAUUUUAUUGUAUUUAUUUAACGCUAAAUAAUUCAUCUCCGGUGUUUUCCACGCAUGCAGCUGAUGCUGCAACCUCUUCAAGGUGACGUUGCAUAAGGGCCUGCAUGGGUGAAAUAUUCAGCAGGCUGCACAACAAAUAACCUAAAAAGACCAAAAAAAUAGCUGCUAUUCUCCCUAAAUAGUGCAGAGUAAAACGAAAUAUGGAUGCACAAAAAUUACUUCUUUUUUUUUCAGAAGAGAGGAUUAAAACGAAAAAUGUUUUAAUGCUCAUGCAAAACAUAAAUACCGGUUAUUAAAUUAUUCAGGGCACAUGGUGUAAAUGUGAAUGAUGUUUUUAAGUAGGUCAAUAACGUUGAUAUUUGCUUUUGAUGUUUAAAGUGAUAAUAAAAAGAGCAGCUGUGAACAGUGACACA